AUGGAGCAAAAGACAUGGGUAAUGCUCGAAAACAACCCUGAUGUUAUGAACCAAUUGGCGGCAACCUUGGGGCUAUCUUCCGAUCUCGAGUUCUACGACGUCUAUUCACUGGAUGAACCGGAACUCAUCGCGCAUAUCCCUCGGCCUGCCCUGGCUCUGCUGGUCAUCAUUCCACUCACGCCGGCCUGGGAUCGAAGUCGUAAGGCCGAAGACGCUAGCAAGGAUCUUUACACCGGCUCUGGGCCUGACGAGCCAGUCAUUUGGUUCAAGCAGACCAUAGGUCACGCCUGUGGCUCGAUUGGCCUGCUUCAUAGUGUGAUCAACGGUCCUGCUGUCAGCUACAUCAGACCUGAUUCAGAUCUUGCAGCCAUACGAAGCCUUGCCAUACCAUUGGAUACUGAAAAGCGUGCCGAGUUGCUGUACAACAGCGAGUCAUUUGAACGAGCACACAAGUCGGUCGAGCAGAUUGGGGACAGCUAUGCGAGCCCGGCAGUUGAGCGCGAUGGCGGUCAUUUUGUGAGCUUCGUUAAGAGUGGUGGAAAACUCUGGGAACUUGAGGGGUCAAGAAAUGGGCCUCUGGACAGAGGAAGCCUUGCAGAUGACGAGGAUGUUCUCAGUCCACGAGCACUUGAACUUGGCAUCAAGAGAAUCAUCAAGCUGAAUACAGAGGGAGGAGGAGAAGAUCUUCGUUUUAGCUGUAUCGCACUGGCUCCUAGGUCUUGA